CAGUUACUGACUUACUGAGACGCGUCACUCCCGUGGCGAAUGGCGUGCUUAGUCGACAUUCGCCACAGUACGAUGAGUACUCUGUGCACUUGGUGACUGGUAUAAAAUAGGCUGGCACCACACACAGCCAGUAGCUUGACCCCUCUGGGCCUUGCAGACGGCUGAUCAGUUUUAUUUACAGGAAUCAGACCGACUUAUCGUUGGCAGUACGGUCACUGAUCACCGGCCAUUCAGAGAGCCUUCGCCCCUCCCCUAACUUGUUCCUCGCAUGGCUUCCACAAUAAAGCACAUCGCCGGAAAAAUUGUCGGACGCCCUGAAGAUGAGGCCCCAGUCAUUACAACCGCCAACUACAUCAAGACCCGGGCGACAGAUCCAAAACGCGCUGUAAUUGACUAUCUUACCAGCCUUUUCCCAAUCCUUGGGUGGAUCACUCGCUACAACACUGGCUGGUUGACUGGUGACCUUAUUGCUGGUCUCACCGUCGGAUUGGUCCUGGUGCCUCAGAGCAUGUCUUACGCCCAGAUUGCUACGCUCCCCCCUCAGUACGGCCUGUACUCCUCUUUCGUCGGAGUCCUCGUUUACUGCUUCUUCGCCACGUCCAAAGAUGUUUCUAUCGGCCCCGUCGCAGUUAUGUCUUUGACUGUGGCGCAGAUCAUUGCAGCCGUCGACUCAAAGCAUCCCAACGAAUGGAGCGGCCCACAGAUUGCGACGACGGUGGCGUUCAUAUGUGGUUUCAUUGUUCUGGGCAUCGGCUUGUUGAGAUUAGGAUGGAUCGUAGAAUUUAUUCCAUUACCCGCUGUGAGCGGUUUCAUGACCGGUUCAGCUAUCAACAUAGUUGCUGGUCAAGUCCCAGGAUUGAUGGGAAUUACCGGAUUCAAUACCAGGGCCGCUACGUAUGAGGUUAUCAUCAACACUCUCAAAGGCUUACCUAGAACCACUCUUGAUGCUGCGUGGGGACUGCCAGGGCUUGCUGCGCUCUACAUCAUUCGCAUAGCUUGCAAUAGAAUCUCGGAUCGUUAUCCAAGGAGCCGCCGUGCAAUGUUUUUCGUCUCCGUUUCCAGGAACGCCUUCAUUAUCAUCGUGUUGACCAUUGCUGCAUGGCUGUACUGUAGAGACCACAAGUCUAAAUCUGGAAAAUAUCCAAUCAAGAUCCUUCAAAACGUCCCCCGAGGGUUUCAGGAUGUCGGCCCUCCAGUCAUCGACACGGAGCUUCUGAAGGCUCUUGCUCCCCAGCUGCCCGUCGCUACCAUCAUCCUGCUCUUGGAGCAUAUCGCUAUUUCGAAAUCUUUUGGUCGAGUGAACGGCUACAAGAUUAAUCCUAACCAAGAGCUGAUUGCCAUUGGAGUAACGAACACAGUCGGCAGUGUUUUCCACGCCUACCCCGCCACGGGAUCGUUUUCACGUUCUGCGUUGAAGUCCAAGUCCGGCGUCCGCACCCCUAUCGCUGGAAUAUUCACUGCGGUCGUGGUUAUUGUUGCGCUCUAUGGCCUUACCCCGGCGUUCUACUGGAUUCCCAGUGCCGGCCUUUCGGCGGUCAUCAUCCAUGCCGUCGCGGACCUCGUCGCAGCACCAUCGCAGGUGUACACGUUCUGGCGGAUUUCACCAAUAGAAUUCUUUAUUUGGACUGCCGCGGUCCUGGUGACCGUCUUCUCCACAAUCGAGAACGGCAUUUAUACCUCAAUAUGCGCGUCCCUCGCUUUCCUGCUCCUCCGCAUUGCGCAUCCACGCGGCUCUUUCCUCGGAAAGGUCAAGGUGUCAGAUCCGCGGGACCCAGAAAAAAGUCGCGAGGUGUUCCUUCCUCUUCGCGCCGAUGGUGUGACCAACUCCGAUAUCAAGGUUGAGCCGCCUUCGCCUGGUGUCAUCAUCUAUCGCCUGGAGGAAAGCUAUCUUUACCCUAACUGCUCAAUUGUCAACAGUGCUGUUGUCGAUUAUGUGAAGGAGCACAUACGACGGGGCAUAGACGUGGGCAAGAUCAAACUACGCGACCGUCCUUGGAACGAUCCUGGUCCGCUUCAUGGAGACCUUGCUGCCUCCAAGGCUGCCAACGACGCAAAGCCGGAUCUCCAUGCGAUAGUCCUAGAUUUCUCCGUAGUACCUCACAUCGACACCACCGCUGUACAAGCGCUGAUUGACACUCGGAAUGAGGUGCAGAGAUGGGUUAACCAUCCUGUCGAGUUUCAUUUUGCUUCCGUUCUCUCUCCGUGGUCCCGUCGGGCACUAAUUGCUGGCGGGUUUGGCACGAGCACCCCUGCAUCCGACAUUCCUCCAGAAAUUGCUCCUGUGGUACCUUACCGUGGCCCCCUCAGAGGAGAUCGGGGAAAAGAUAAUGAGAUCCCGACGAGUGACAUCGAGGCACCAGAGAUCAUGGAACUGCCGGUGUCAGGAGGCAACCCAAGCAACGCUGCGCCGUUGGUCCCCCUCGACACACCUUUCUUCCACCUCGAUCUCGCGAGUGCAGUCCGCGCGGCAGGCGCGCCGGGAAUACCUCUCUCACGCGCGGAAACAACCGUGAAAACUGUUGGAGACACAUCAUAUAUAUAAUCUUUGCUCGUAGCUGUAACAACAAAGUUUAAGGUCGAGCGCGUUAAGUGCUAUUACCAUUACUACGAAGUGUAUAUAGUUCGCGAUGCAACAACUGGUGCACACAAUGUGGGACCGGUAUCUACCCCUGGUCGCAAUGUCAAUACAGUAGCUACUGAUACCCUGCCAAUAGAAUCGGCA